AUCCUGUUACACACAUUCAGACUGCAAAAACAGAAGAGCAGAGCUGUCACAUCCAAGAAGGUGAAGAUAUGGCUACAUCCAGCAGUUUCCUGUCUGAGGAUCAGUUUCAGUGCUCCAUUUGUCUGGAGGUUUUAUCCGAACCUGUUUCUACACCAUGUGGGCACAACUUCUGCAAAGCGUGUCUCACCAGGCACUGGGCAGACAAAGAGCUGUAUCAGUGUCCACUCUGUAAUGAGAAGUUCAACAAAGGGCUCAAACUUGCCACCAACACUGGAUUCAGAGAGGUUGUGGAGAAUUUCAAAAAACAUCAUGUGAUAGCUGACAGCACAAGUUUAACAGAACCAGGACAGGUACCGUGUGACUAUUGCCCUGACUUUUGUUUCAGAGCCUACAAAACCUGCCUGGUGUGUUUGACUUCUUUUUGCAAAAGUCACCUAGAGCCUCAUCAAAGAGUUGCCGCCUUAAAAAGACAUAAACUGACAAAUCCUGUGCACAACUUGGAGGACAAAAUAUGCAAGCAGCACAACCGCAUUGUGGAGUUCUUCUGCAGGAAUGACCAGACUCGUGUUUGUGUGCUGUGCACAGAACAUAGCAAUCAUGAUACAGUUCAUUUGGAGGAAGAGUAUGUAGACAGAAAGGCUCAGAUAAGAAAGAAAAAAGCUGAUGUUCAGGAAAAUAAACAGAAACAAGGAAAGGCAAAAAUGGUAGUACAGAAAAAGAAGAACGACAAAGGUGGAGCGAAAGCAAGCAGUGUGGCAUCUCAACAAAUGCUACAUCAUCACUUUCUUUUUGACCCCUGUGAAGACCGCCACCAUGUCUGUGAUCAUUCCUGCAUUUCUGCAUUCACACCAAACCACAUUCUCAUUGUCAGCGUCAACGAGAGAGAUUUCCUGCUUUUCAGCUUCCACCCGUUUGAGAAUGUUAGUCGGAAACAGAGGCUAAGAAGAGGUAUUCAGAAAAUAUCAGAACAUCCAUAUGCUUUAUACUACGUUUUUUUUUUUAUCAUGAUACUCGUAUCACUUUUGAUGUCACUUUUUACCAGAUUGGAGGAAAGUUAAAGCAAAUUCUGAUGCAUGUGUAUCUACUCACAUUUAAAUAUGAAAGGUUUGGUUUGUGGAUAUUUUAUAAACUAACUCGGUUUUAGUUAAUCACAUAACUUGCAUGUUUAUUGUCUUUUAUACAUGUGUUAGCAUGUUUUCAGUUACAGUGAUUUAGUACAUUGAAGAGCAACUUUUUACAAUAAUUUGAAAUAUUUUUUUUUUUUUUUAGAGUAAUGGUCAUAAUUGUGGAAGCAUAGGUAGGGGAUUAAGAAAUCUUAGGGUUGUGGCUUGUAUAACAGAAUCAUGAGGCAUUAUAAUAAAUAAAUUACACAGUGUCUUGGUAGCUGUUAUAGCUCCAUAUUCAUGCAUUUCAUUCACACAUUCCAAGAGCAUAGUGACAGAGUCACCACAAGAGGGAGCUAUGUUUCCAUCUAGCAGCCCUCACACUUCAUUGCAUUUAGACAGAGGAAAGUCCAAUCCCAUUUUCCCAACUUAUUCUGGUAUGCAAACUAGCUGCCCUUUUUACAGGCUGCAUUAGUUUACAGGUUAGAUAACCACCUCUCCCUGAUCCCCAAAAGAAAAGGUGCAUUUUGUCUUUUCAAAACAGAGAGACAAGGCCAAGAAGGGAAACUGGGACACAGCUUUAUUGCUCCACCACAAUGAAAAUGACAUUUAUUUUAGGGAUGCAUAUAUUGCCCUAACAUAGGUGUAUCUAUAGUCUAUUGGCUAUUAGGAUAUCAUCAACUGAUUCCUCCAAAUGGACUGUAUCAUGAUAAGGAGUCUACAACAUGGCGACAGCGGUGGAUGCUGCCGUCGGAGGUUCUGCUUGGACUUGCACAAAACCUGCAAUCUACAAAAUGGAUAAUGGGAAGGUGAUAGUGGAAGAUGAACUUUUUAACUUUAUUGUGGUGAAAAUGAAGAGACCCAGUCUUGAUGAAAUUGUUUUGUUGACAACAAAAGAUUUUUCAUCUGAGUGGACUGAGAAGUCCAAGAAGCUCUUGUUUGAAGUAUGCCCAAAUACUGCUACGAUAUAUCACGCACAAGGGCCCACAUAAGGACAUGAAUAAUAUCAAGGCCUGUCUGAAGGUUUUGAAUGAAUGUGGUGAACAUAUUUUGAGGUUUGUUUCACAUUACUUAGAUAAAUUGCCACCUGUUGGGUUUGGCAAGAUGGACGUGUUGCACCAAAAUCUGUGACCCAUCAGAAUCCACAGGGGGGGCGAUAGUGUACAUUUCUCUGCAUACGUCUUAGAAGACGAACAAAGUCUUGAAAACACUUGUAUUUAGGUCUGAGUUCAUUGUAAUGCAGGUACAGUAAAGUCAGACAUUCUCAUAGCUAUCAGAAAUAGUGACCUCUGUAUUCUGGGCUAUGUGAGGGUCACCUAUUAUUUUAGAAGAGUUCAUACUAUAAGAUCAGUGACCUAGAACACCAUUUCUGAUAGCUAUGAGAAUGUCUGACUUUACUUUACCUGCACUAUAAUUAACUUAGACUUAAAUACAAGGGUUUUUCAAGACUUUGCUCAUCUUCUAUGACCAAUAUGCAGAGAAACUGUGGUCACAGAUUCUGAAGGGUCACAGAUUUUGGUGUAACACCAGUCUGCAUAGUAGCUGCUGUGUUGAAUGAAUCAACCUCCCUAUGAACAUCUGUGCUGUGUUUUACAAUGUGCGUGGGCUGUGUGUCGCCCACAGUGAAAAUGAUAAAUCAUGCCACGUUGUUGUGGACAAAUUGAUGGCGAGAUGUGACAUUCUGUGUGUCCAGGAGAUGUCCCUGGCUAAACAUGACCUGGAAGGACUCAAUUCUAUACAUAUGAACUUUCAUGAAAAAUUAUUUCUAAAAUUGACUAAAAGUAGGCUCCCUUAGAAUCUUGGUUUAUUGGUAUUUGCAACAAUGAGAGUGAGAUGGGGGAAUGUGACAUCUAUUCCCUUCCAUGUUUCCAAUGGUGUUCGCCAGGGUGGAAUUUUAUCUCCUUUUAUUUUUAAUAUUUAUAUUUAUAUUUUGAUAGUUUGUUUUUGUUUACUGUUUUGUUUUAGUUUUUGUGAUACAGAUCCCCCUGGGUCUGAAAUAAAAAAUAAAGUAAAUAUUA